GUCAAACCAACACACACUUCCUCAUCCCCUCUGAUGAUGAACAUACACGCCUCACAUAGCAAGACACUUAUUGAAAAGGGAAGACACCACAGGAAGCUGAAUCUAAAUAGACGUUGCCUUCAAAAUGGAUUCUGCUGAAGGGAACCAACAGUGUCCUGAUGGGCCACAGUUUCCUGCUUCAUCCUGCUUGUCCAUGAGAAAUGACGGUUCCAUUAAGGUUCGACAUGACUUCACCAAACAAGUGGCUGAUAGCUCAGCUGCUGUUGAGGAGUCUGACCUGCCCUCCUCAUCCUGCCUGUCCAUGAAAAGUGACGCUUCCAUUAAGGUUCGACAUGACUUCACCAAAGAAGCGGCUGAUAGAGACCAAAAUGAGUGCUCAGAAUCGACAGAGCCAGAUGGAACCAUCAUAUUUAAGUCAGUGGCAGAGCAUGCCCAGAACAUUUUGCUGAGCGAGCUGAAAAGGUUUGAAAGGAUGCUCUUUCCACAACUAUCACAAAAUGAGGACAGUUCGACCACUGGAGAUAAAGAGCAAGACAACAGUGCCAGUGAGGGAGCUCUGAAGAUUACUCUACACGUCUUAAACAAAAUGGGCAAAAAAGAGCUUGCCAACAAACUGGAGAAACACAUUUACGGUGAGCUCGACAUCUGCCAGCGCAAACUCAGACACAAGUUGAAAAAGUUUCAGUACAUCUUUGAAGGAGCAGCACAGCACGGGAAACAGACGCUUCUCAACAAGGUCUACACCGAGCUCUACAUCACAGAGGGAGCCGAUGGAAGUGUCAAUAACGAACACGAGGUCAGGCAGAUCGAGACACCAGGCAGGAGACGAGCGACCGAAGAAAAGCCAAUCAAAUGUGAGGACAUCUUUAAACCCCUACUCGCACAAGACGGAUUCAUCAGAACCGUGCUGACCAAAGGAAUUUCUGGCAUCGGUAAAACGAUCUCUGUACACAAGUUUAAUCUGGAAUGGGCUGAGGGACGAGUCAAUCAGGAUAUCCAAAUCCUAAUUAACCUUCCCUUUCGGGAGCUGAAUCUGAUGAAGGAGAGACGCUACACGCUGACGCAGAUUCUUCAUCAUUUUCUCGCAGAGGCGAAAGAAUCAGGGAUUUCAGAUUUUGGCAAAUACAAGACUGUGCUGAUAUUUGAUGGGCUGGAUGAGUGCCGGCUUCCCCUGGACUUUGACCACAAUGAGCCCUGCUCCAGCGUCUCAGAGCCGGCUCCAGUAGAUGUGCUGCUGACAAAUCUUAUCAAGGGGAACCUGCUGCCCUCAGCACACAUCUGGAUCACCUCCAGGCCAGCAGCUGCAAAUCGCAUUCCAGCUGAUCUCGUCCACCGUGUGACAGAGAUACGCGGGUUCAACAACCCGCAGAAGGAAGAGUACUUCAGGAAGAAAAUCUCUGAUCAAAACAUGGCCAUUAAAGUCAUCUCACAUGUUAAGUCGACCAGGAGCCUCUAUAUCAUGUGUCACAUACCAGUCUUCAGCUUCAUAGCUGUCACUGUUCUGCAGGGGAUUUUAGAAGAAACAGAAAGGAAGAGCACAGACGAGGAUGAGGGUGGAAGAGAAAUGCCGAAGACUCUGACACAAAUGUACACACAUUUCGUGGUGUGCAGCUCAUUGAUCAGAACCAGGAAGUAUUCAGCAGGACAAGUCAAGAUAGACGAAGAGAUGAUCUUGAAGCUUGGGAAAAUGGCCUUUGAGCAUCUGAUGAAAGGCAACAUGAUCUUCUAUGAGAGCGAACUGAAAGAGUACAACAUCAACAUUGAUGACGCUGCAAUAUAUUCGGGACUGUUCACGCAGAUCUCAGGGAAUGAUUUCGGAUCUCAUCUGGAGAGGGUCUAUUGCUUUGUGCAUCUCAGCGUACAAGAGUAUUUUGCUGCAAUGUACAUUUUCUACACAUUUGUCUGCUUCAGUCAGAACUUGCUGGAACCACGUGAAACCACCACGGUGCGGGAGGCUCACAGUGACGUGACCAGCCUUCUCAAGAGUGCAGUGGAUGAGGCCUUGCAGAGUGAGAACGGACACCUCGAUCUUUUUCUCCGUUUCCUCCUUGGACUCUCACAGACGUCCAAUCAGACCUCGCUGAAGAGCGUUCUCACCGGAAUGAGGAGCAGCUCGCCAAGAAAUGAGGAAAUUGCUGAGUACAUCAAGGAGAAGAUCAGAGAAAAUCCCUCGCCAGACAGAUGCAUCAAUCUCUUCUACUGCCUCAGUGAGCUGAAUGAUCAGUCCCUCGUGGAGGAAAUCCAGAACUACCUGAGCUCUGGUAGUUUGCCAGAGACCAAACUGUCUCCUUCACAGUGGUCUGCUCUGGUCUUCGUGUUGCUGACCUCAGCUCACCAGGAAGAGCUGGAUGAGUUUGACCUGAGGAAAUAUUCUCGAUCAGAGGAGGGUCUUCUGAGGCUGUUACCAGUGAUCAAAGAAUCCAGAGUAGCCGUGCUCAAACAAUGCAACCUGACUGAGAGAUGCUGUGAAGCGCUUCAAGCAGUUCUAAGCAAUUCAUGUCUGAAAGAGCUGGACCUGAGCGAUAACGAUCUGCAAGACACAGGAGCAGAAUUUCUGUCUGCCGGACUCGCAAGUCCAACGUGUCAGCUGGAAAAACUGAGACUGCCACACUGUAGAAUCACAGAGGUUGGCUGUGGAUUUUUGGCGAAAGCUCUAAUGUCCAACGGCACCAAGCUGAAGGAACUGGACCUGAGUUACAAUCAUCCAGGGCAACAGGGGAUGGAGCUGCUGUCCUGUGUACAAAAGGACAUUGAACACCUCACCAUCAGCUUGGACAACAAUGCAGAGUGCUACUUAAAAUCAACUCUGAAAAAAUAUGCUUGUGAGCUCGCUAUGGAUCUGAAUACUGCCCAUUCACGCCUGUCUUUUUCUGAAGACAACACAAAGAUGACACGAAUGGACACAGAUCAACCAUUUCCUGACAGCCCAGAGAGGUUUACAGACUGGGGCCAAGUGCUCUGCAAAGAAGGUCUGUGUGGUCGUCACUACUGGGAAGCAGAGUGGACAAAUGAAUGGAUAGGUAUAGGAGUGGCUUAUAAAGGAAUCAGUAGGAAAGCAUCAGGUAAUGAUAGUGUUCUUGGCUACAAUGAUCAGUCCUGGAGUCUGCGCUACUGUCACGGCAAAUACACCGCCUGGUACAAUAAGAGCGAUGCUGCCAUAUCCAUUCCCUACUUUGACUCCAAAAGGGUUGGAGUGUUUUUGGACUGGUCAGCUGGCUCGCUGUCCUUCUAUGCUGUAUCAUCAAACACAAUGACACAUCUGUAUACGUUCCACACCAAAUUCACUGAGCCACUGUACCCAGGCUUCAGACUGGGAUAUGACAAUUCAUCGCUGACCCUGUGCCAGCCAGAAUACACUUGAAUACCCUUGAAUAGUCACCGUACAAAUGUUUUCAUAAAAUAUGUAGAGAGAAUAAACCAGGGAGGGAAAAAAAGCUACCUUUGCAUUAUGAAAACAUUACGAGGAAAAUGAAGGCAUUUCAAAUGACCUUGUUUCUAACGAGCUAUUUCCUUCUCUAUCAACAGUAAAUUCAGAGUGUUGCUAUCAGGUUCACGUUUUCUGACAGCUAAGAGAAUAUUUUGUAUGAAAAAAUAUCUCACUAAAAAGUCAUAUUUUAGGUUAGUCUUAAAUUUCCCACCUGCAUUAUUGGACACGUCACUGAUUUGCCAAUCAAUCUUACAGUCCCUUUAAUAUAACCCCCUCUUAUGAACCCAGAUAGCCACAUUUUUUUCAACGGGAAAAGUAACUUGUUUCCCUUCGAAAGCUGUCUGACACUUUACUGCCCGCUUGACAGGACAGCCAAGCAUCAAAGCCCUUCAGCUUGACGGUUUGCCCUGUCCAGCUGUUUCUUGGGUUGCUACCACAACAGGCACACUGUAUCUAGAAUAUGUAUGCCAGGUCAUUUUCCUUAAGCUUUGUCACACUAUCCAAACACAGUAACAAAGAGUUUGAUAUUCCAGGAAAUUACUAUUGAUGAGUAACCAGCGUUGUUCUCCAAAAAUUGUCAACAGCAGUGUGAGCGAGCAGCUAGCUACACACUCAAGCUAGAAUGGAUGAAAAGCUUUGCAUAUAAACACAAAGUGUAGAUACUGUACAUUUAGCUUUUUGAUUUUUUUUUUUUUUUUAACAUCCAGCAACUGUGCAUCUCUAAGGCCAGGAGGUUUGGUUAAAGGUUUUGAAGAAAAGCACCUUCUGACUUUUUUUGGUCAAACAUUGUUUAUUGUGUUGUGUUUUAGCAGAUGGAACGUCUCCCACUCAAGGGAGGCUACGUACAGGAUAGGCCAGAAGAUAAAGAAUGAUACAAAAAGACACAACUACGUAUCAACUUCAUGUUACAAUGUUAAAUUACCAUUUGAAUGUAAAUAUGCUUUUAAAUGAAUACCUUUAGUCUAUCCUGUUUGUUUAUGUUCUAGUUUAUACAGAAAAAUGAAAUAAAUGUAUUAGUGCAUAAUUGUGACAAACAGAUGUAUUAUAUUUUUGAAACCACACAGACUGAAACAUUUUUAGCAAACAAAUAUCAAAUAAUGAACUUGUUUCUGUAAUGACAUUGCUUUUUCAUGUGUUUUCAUUAUUAUUCAGAUAUACUGUAAAUAAAUGAUCCAUGACAAAACACCCCAACUUGAAUCUGAGCAUGUUGACAUUGGCUUUCAUUUCACUCUUCUUUUAUUCACUCAUAAAAAUACAGACCAAACAGCAAAACAGGUAAUUACACUUUCUUUAAAAAAAAGCAGUUCACUCGUGUUUUAAAUUAUUGUUACACAACUGUGCAAUAUAAAUGCAGAAGCAAGACAACUUGAUAAUAUUUCAAAACUCUGAUCAAAAAACGUCUUGUUCUCACUAAUAAAAAAGCGACUUGUUACAAGUGAAUCAGUUAGUUGGCAUCCGCUGAGAAAUGAUUUGAUCCUUCCCCUUCCUCAAGAAUCUCGUGUGUUUUGGUUUGUUGGUCGUUGAUGUGGGUCAGUGCUCUGCAGAAGC